UCCAACCUAACCGAACCUAACUAAACCGACGGGAUCGAACAUGGCGUCAUUUGCAGUAGCUGUUGUGUCGAAGAAGCACAAUACUCAGUGAGAGUAGCGAUAUUCUAGUGGUAGUAUAGGAUACCUGCCGUUUUCGGCCAAAUCGCUGCCAUUAACCAAGUCACCGGAGGAGAAGCGCAGACGAUGGCGGACGCAACGGACGCACCUGUUAUUUCUACGAAUCAAAGGGCGGUAUCGAGGCUGCUGCGACAGCGGGCUCAAGAAUUCCUCGCCUCGAGGAAGCACGCGAACAACUUGGUGGAUAUAAUCGGCCAGUGGGACGAAUUCAUCUUCCCGUGCCUGCUCACGAUAGAGACGAUAUUCACGGAAGUGUUGAGGCGCGGUGACAUGUAUCAAGAAUCCACGAUAGCUCUCGCCAUCUCGGAACCCAGUCCCGAGUCGCGCUACACCAGCUGGUUGAGAAGUUGCUACGACGAGGUGUGGAAGAAGAUACUCAUGUCCAUAGAGAACUAUCGGCCGGCCACGCAACAGCAAGCUCUCACUACGGCGAUAAAGCUGAUGGCGGAGGAGGGCAAAGCCCCAUUGGAGCCGCGCGACAAUCUGGGUUAUCACUUUCCCCUGCAUCGUCUGAAACCCAUCCUCAUGACGCUGCUCUCACCUGAGAAGGACAAUACUAACUUAAUAUCGAGAUUCCAAGAGAUCACCGGCUAUCCUGACGCUUUGUACUACACAUGGAAGUGUCUUCCCUCUCUCACUCCGAAGAGGCAACCACAGGCGACUUAUAUUAAAAAUCUUUUGGAGCUUAUACAUAAAAUACCACUGCCAAAGGAGGGUGAAGAGUGCAAGAUGUCAGACAAUAAAGAACUCCUGUGCGGACCGCAAGGCGCCGCGUUUACGUGGGAUCAGUCGGCGGUCAGGCGCGCGCUCAACAAAGUCUGGGCCUGCGUCAUGCACUGGGAACUGACGUCGCAGCUGCACAAGCAACUGCUGGUGGUCCUGCUGGACCGGAUCAUGCCGUAUUUAGAGAAGCCCGUGCUGCUAACCGACUUCCUGAUGGACUCCUUGGACAUGGACGGUCCUAUCGGUUUGCUCGCGCUGCACGGUGUGUUCGUACUGGUCACCAAGCACAAUUUGCAGUACCCGAAUAUCUUCACCAAGCUGUACUCGAUGUUCGAGCCCGAGAUCUUCCACACGAAGUACAAGGCCCGGCUCUUCUACCUGGCGGACCUGUUUCUCAGCUCUACGCACUUGCCGGAGACCUUGGUGGCGGCGUUCGUGAAGCGACUCGCGCGCUUAACGCUGGUCACGCCACCGGAGGAUAUCCUGGUAAUCCUGAAGCUCGUGGCGAACCUGCUGAAGCGGCAUCCGGGGCUCAAACGACUGAUCGACCACCCGCAUGGCGAAGGUGAGAUCGUCGGCUCGGACGCUUGCACCGGCGCCGGUGACCCCUUCCUCAUGGAGGAGCGCGACCCGUUGCUCAGCAACGCGAUGCUCAGCAGCCUCUGGGAGAUCCGGGCGUUGCAGUGGCACAUCCUGCCGAGCAUCGCGAACGCGGCGCGCUUCAUUCACGAGCCGUUCCCCUCCGUCGAGUACGACAUUGCGUCGGCGUUGGAGCGCACGAGCGGCCACCUGUUCGACCGCGAGCUCAGGAGCAAGGUCAAGGACAUCAUGCUGACGUUCGAGAGGCCGAACUGCAUGGCGCUGCCGAAGGGCGAGAAGCUCUUGCAAUAUUGGCAGCUCACGCAUUGAUCCGGAUCGCCGGGAGUGCAAUAGGACGUCGGACUGCGGGAGCCGCGCUCGUCAAGGAGAAGCUGGGUACGACGUCCGUGACGACGAACGAAGAUGCGAAGAGGGGACUCUCUUGAGUUUUUAUACGAUGGCAUAUCUACGACGGGGAAAGGUGGCGAUACGCGCGUCCGCGUCAGCGUGCGCUCGGCGUUGAGCAUUUACGCUUUCUGUCUCUCUCUCUCUCUCUCUCUCGCGGGUAUGCGCGUUUCGGCGAGUCUCUCGCGCGCGCACUACUUCGACACGGUCUCGAUUCGUGCAACGGAAAGCACCGAGAGUGACUUUCGCGAAGCUCCUCGAUCGAUCGGUCAAUCCCAUGUGUGGAGAGUUGAUCGUCGCACUACAUUAGUCCCGGUCUGCAAUAAGUUUUAAGCCUUGAGAAACUGACCGAUCACAGUUAAUUAUCCUCCUCACAUUCGACUGUGAUUGGUCAAUUUCUCAAGGCUUAGAGCUUAAAGUAUCUAUUGUAGACCAGGACUCAGGGAGUAAAAAAGUUCGAGCGUGAAAAGUCGAUGAAGUUUAACUUAUUAGUAUGUAGGUAUAGAAAUUGAAUACGAAAUCCUUUUGUAGGCUAUUUACUGUGUGUAUAUUAACGAUAGAAAUUGUUUAAGAAAUUAAAAGAAUACAUAGUAGCACACAGUAUGGAGUGCUGCGACCCGAUUUAUCCUUUGGUGUACAUUAUGGUUUUUCAGGCCUAAUCUAAUAUAAAGAUACCGAGAUACUUUUGUUUUUAAUUAGAGCAUCAAGUUUUCCACAGGUCCAACUGAGAACUCCGUUCAAGAAAUAUUAUUUAUUCAAAUUCUAUCGCAAUAAAAAGCACUUUAUUUCUA